AUGGAGCAACCAAGAAUUUCAUUGAUGGAGUGCUUGCAAAAUGAAAAGCAUAUUGUGGUGGAUCCACUUUCACUAAAAAAUUAUCCUAUUAAACAAGGGUACCAUGACACUACCAUGCUGCCAAGUAUAAUCACCACAACUUCAGCAGCCACCAUUUUGCACCCUCCAACUCUACAACCUCCAAAACCAAGAUUCUUAAGCAUGAGUCUCCCGAAUUCGGCGAAUUCAUCGCCUCGUUUCGCUUCGGCUCUUUCGAAGAAGAAAUCAAAAAGUGAGAGCCCGGAAUCACAAUGUCAUGCUACUAACUUAACCUACAAGCUUCAGCAUCUGCUACAAGAAAUGCACUUAAGGAAGAGCAAGUCAUGUGGUGAAGGAAGAGCAUGUGCACCCUCAGAUGAAUUUGAUCACUGGUUGAGUAAAUUAAGUGCAAUGGAGCAUGAUAAGUGGCACCAUGACGACUUGUCCAGGAUUGAAGCUGUCAAAGAAAGUUCCAAGAGUGUUAAUAAGCACAUGAAAACACAAAAUGAUGGCCUUAAAUGCAGUGCUUUUUGCCUUUAUCUACCAGGCUUUGGUGGUAAAGUAAAGCCAGUUAAAACAAGAAAGGAAGGUGUAAUAUCUAGGACAGUUUCCUUGGAAAACUUUGAAUGUGGUUCAUGGGCUUCUGCAGCAAUAUUCAAUGAGAUUGAAGGAGGCUCCACCAACUCCUACUUUGAUCUUCCAAUAGAGUUGAUCAAAUGCAGUGCUAGUGAAGUGUACUCGCCAGUUGCUGCAUCUUUUGUCUUUGAAAAAGACCUCAAAGGGGUUCUGAAGAAUGGUUCCACUAGAGGCAGUGUUAGAAAAUCUGAUGCAUCACCUCGCCAUGUUCGGUUUUCCAUAUCUUCUUCUCCAUCAUACCCUGCCUCCCCAGCAUCCUGCAUCUCUCCUCGUUUGAGAAAAGCCAGAGAAGAUUUUAAUGCCUUCUUAGCAGCAGCACAAAGUGCUUGA